GUUUCGAGAGGAAGCUGCUGAACCGGAAGCCAAACAAGGGAUUCGGGUUUGAGGAAUGUUACGUGUCAUUUUCAGAGUUUCAGUCAUUCAGGAAUCUACCCAGCAUCUUCAUUGGUCAGCUCACAGCAUCCCCCGUCCCCCCCCCUCCUUCCAUCUCUUCUCACUGCUGCUAACGGCUGAAGGAUGAAGGCGUUGAUCCUGGUCGGCGGCUACGGGACGCGGCUGCGGCCGCUCACCCUGAGCGUCCCCAAACCGCUGGUGGAGUUCUGCAACAAGCCCAUUCUGCUGCACCAGGUGGAGGCGCUGGUCAAGGCCGGGGUGAACCACGUAGUCCUGGCUGUCAGCUACAUGUCGGAGCUGCUGGAGAGAGAGAUGAGAGUCCAGGAGCAGCGGCUCGGCAUCCGGAUCUCUCUGUCUCAUGAGAAGGAGCCUCUGGGAACUGCGGGGCCCCUGGCUCUGGCCCGAGAGCUGCUGAACGUGGACAACGAGCCGUUCUUCGUCCUCAACUCGGACGUCAUCUGCGACUUUCCUUUCAAAGACCUGCUGCAGUUCCACCGCGGCCACGGCAAGGAGGGGACCAUCGUGGUAACACGUGUGGAAGAGCCGUCCAAAUACGGCGUGGUGGUUUAUGAGGCGGAGAGCGGCAGGAUCCAACGCUUCGUCGAGAAACCGCAGGUCUUCGUCUCCAACAAGAUCAACGCCGGCAUCUACAUCUUCAAUCCCAGCAUGCUCAGCAGGAUACAGCUCAGACCGACGUCCAUCGAAAAGGAAAUAUUUCCUGUCAUGGCAGGGGAGAGCCAUCUGUACGCCAUGGAGCUGCAGGGGUUCUGGAUGGACAUCGGCCAGCCCAAAGACUUCCUGACGGGAAUGUGUAUGUACCUGCAUUCGCUACGGCAACACGCUCCAGAGAGGCUGCGUACGGGACCCGGUUUCCUUGGCAACGUCCUGGUGGACCCGACGGCGCAGAUCGGGGAGAACUGCACCAUCGGGCCGAACGUCACCAUCGGCGCCGGAGUCGUGGUGGAGGACGGCGUGAGGAUUAAGCGAUGCACGGUACUGAAGGGGUCGAGGGUGCGAUCGCACUCCUGGUUGGAGAGCUGCAUCGUCGGGUGGAGCUCCUCUGUGGGGCAGUGGGUGCGAAUGGAGAACGUGACGGUGUUGGGAGAGGACGUGAUCGUAAACGACGAGCUCUACCUGAACGGCGCCAACGUCCUGCCCCAUAAAUCCAUCAACGAGUCGGUCCCAGAGCCGCGCAUCAUCAUGUAGCGCCACGCGGGGGAAGUGGGAGGAAAAUCUGGACGUCAUCAUCCUCUGCUAACCGAUCGGCCAGCGCUGUGCCUGCGUGAGGCGAGGAGAAACCCAACAGGUGGAAGAUAAACGACCGGCGCUUUUCUUUUUUUAUUUAAAUUUGAUUUGGACUCGUUUUUGGCCCUGCUUGGCUGCAGCCUCCUAAAGUCAGAAAUCAGGACUCAAAGGGCAGGGACUCCAAACUGACAGAGGACAAACGCCUUCGUCCUGAAGGGAACGGACAUGAUGGAGGGGAAACGAAGGGAGGGGGUGGUGCACCUGGUGGUAGGGUAAAGAUGGACGGGUUUCUGGGUGGUGGGCUUAGAGAAAGAAACAUUGCUACUUUGACUUUAUGCAUUUAGUCUCUGAAGGAUCAAACGACAGCCUCCAUGUCCAAAUCAUGACUGUUGCUCAGAAAGUUUGAAAAACGUGUUAAAAUGUGAACAUUUGUUAUUUCUUUGUCAGCCUGAUGAAUGUAGAGCAGCAGAACUUCGCCUCUAACAUCAGAACCUGGAAUGAGGUGAAGUGUGGAGCCGACAUAUAGUGAAGCAGUUUUAGAUUAAAACUGAUCAAACUCAA